GGUGCACUGGUCGGGCGACUAACUAACAAGCGCAAAUCAUUAACAAAAAAGGCGUGUGUCUCCCCAAGGUUAAACGACUACGUCAAGAUGGGCAUCUCUAUGGAACGCAAGGGCGAAUACUUUGUCAAGCUCGAGGGCUUGCUCGGUGACUACACCAAGAUCUUCCUCGUGACGGUCGACAACGUCGGCUCGAACCAGAUCCAGCAGAUCCGUAUCGCGCUCCGCGGCACGGGCGAGGUGCUCAUGGGCAAGAACACGAUGAUCCGCAAGGUCUUCGCCAACUUCCUCAAGAAGAACCCGGGCCACCCGCUUGAGCAGCUCAUCCCGCUCCUCCGCGGCAACGUCGGCUUUGUCUUCACCAACUCGGACCUCGGCGAGGUGCGCAAGGUGCUUGACGACAACAAGGUCCCGGCCCCGGCCCGUAUCGGUGCCAUCGCCCCCGUCGAUGUGUGGUGCCCGGCUGGUCCCACCGGCUGCGACCCCGGCCAGACCUCGUUCUUCCAGGCCCUCCAGAUCGGUACCAAGAUCCAGAAGGGUCAGAUUGAAAUCGUCUCGGACGUGCUCCUCACCAAGAAGGGCGAGAAGGUCGGCAACUCGGAGGCUGCGCUCCUCCAGAAGCUCAACAUCCGCCCGUUCUCGUACGGUAUGUCGAUCGUGACGGUCUACGACAACGGCUCGAUGUUCGACCCCGCUGUCCUCGACCUUACGGAGGACGACCUCGUCAACAAGUUUGUCGCUGGUCUCCGCAACGUCGCCGCCGUCUCGCUCGCGCUUGGCUUCCCCACGCUCGCGUCGAUCCCGCACUCGAUCGCCAACGCCUUCAAGACGCUCGUCGCUGUCGCCGUCGAGUGCGAGUCGUUCUCGUUCAAGAAGGCCGACCCGUUCAAGGCCUUCCUUGCCGACCCGUCGGCCUUUGCCGCUGCCGCCCCGGCUGCCGGCGGUGCCGCCCCGGCCGCCGCUGCCGUCGAGGAGAAGAAGGCUGAGUCGGAGGAGGACGUCACGGCCGCUGGCAUGUUCGGCGGUGGCUCGGACUACUAAGCGACUAGUCGUUUCCAUCUCACCUUGGGUUUCGAGAAGCAAUAAGAUCUACCUAAGACUGCGUUGCCUCUCAUCAUAAGCAUUUUUGUCGCCUUCUGCAAAUGCUGCAAGAAGACCGU